CAUACUACAAAAAUGUCUUCCAAUUAUUCUCGCCAAUAUCAAAACAUGCAACAACAUGCUACUAAUUCACCAGCAAUAGCUACGAUUGUAAGAAAAAGAAACAAUCCUGAUCCUAAUAAUCUUCUUAAUUUACAACAACAACAAACAAAGAAAAAAAGAACCAUUGAUAGGAACAUGCCAGAAAAGCUUGAUAAUCUUGUUCCAGAGUCACGCUUGUAUACAGAACUUCAAGAUUUUGAAAGAAGAUUAGAUGCAACAAUUAUCAGAAAACCACAAACACAAUUGCAAAGUGAAGGUGGCGAAGGCGUUGAAGGUGCAGUAGAUGUUAAUAGUAAUGUAAAUUAUGGUGAUAGUAGUAAUAUUCCAGCCUGGACAUUAAAAAUUGAGGGUAGAUUGUUAGAUCCUUCAAACUCAAACUCAACUUCCAAAACCAAUAAACCGUCCGUACGUAAAUUUUCUUCGUUCUUUAGAUCAAUAAUUGUGGAGCUAGACAGAGAUCCAGAAUUGUAUCCAGAUGGAAACAUCAUCGAGGCAAGAAUUAAUAACAAUAUAUACGUUGAUGGAUUUGAAAUUAAACGAAAAGGAGAUGUUAAUGUGAGAGCAAAAAUAUACUUUAACUUGGAUUUAGACCCACAAAAGUUUAAAUUAUCACCAGAAUUGGCAGAGCUGCUGGAUGUACAAGAAGAAUCCAAAUCUGGUGUAAUAAUGAUUUUAUGGCAUACUGAUAAGGAAUAUAAUCAGUCACAUUAUGCAUAUGACAUUCAAGUUGAAAUUGAUGAUCCAAACAAAAUUAGACUGGCAGCCAUUGCAUCAAAUACUUUGAAUCAAAAAGAAGUUCAAAGUAUAGAUGAAAAGAUUGUUCAAUGUAUUCAAAGUAUAAACAAUUCAAAAGCAAAACGGGAUUUCUUGCUAAAUUUUGCAAAUUCACCAAUUGAAUUUAUUAAUAAAUGGAUUGCUAGUCAAAGUAGAGAUUUAGAGAUUAUAUUAGGUGAUAGUAGGGUAAAUAUUGAGGAACAAAGAUAUUCGGAAUUUUAUAAACAGGAUUGGGUUAAUGAAGCUACAUUCCAUUAUAUUUCUGCUCAGACUCAGAAAAGAAUGCAAGAGUUAUUGGGUAAUUCUGGCGGAA